GAAAAUAAAAACACUUUAAAAUUAAACAAUGUUCGUAAUAACACUGUUGGCUCUCGUUGGCGCCGCGAUUGCGGCUCCAAGCGCAUUCGCUCCGUUUAUAGUUGAAGGAUCGGCACCAAACGCACUUGCUCCGCGUAUUGUUGGAGGAACUGAUGCUAAUAUAGAAGAUUACCCCUUUAUGGCUAAUAUUUUAAUAGCUUUCGAAGAAGAAAAUCCUUUUCCUUAUAUGUCCUUCUGCGGUGGCUCUCUUAUUACAUCCAGAUCGGUUCUUACUGCUGCCCACUGUUUAAUGUCGAGUGAAAUCGAACAAGGCCUUGUAGAUAAAAGUCAAUUCCGAGUGCGACUUGGCUCUUCACUUCCAUACACUGGCGGUCACUUACAUAGAGUAGAAAGUUUGCUUGAUCAUCCUGGAUACGCGUAUCCUAAAGCAUACCACGACAUUGGAAUUCUGAAACUCGCCACCCCCGCCAUACUCUCCGACUGCGUUGCACUUGCCCCUAUCGCUGGACCCAACUACUGGGUCCCAGAUAACACUACCCUCACCACUGCCGGAUGGGGGACAAUUCAGUCUUUUUUUAGACCCGCAGAAAUCCUUCAGCAAGUAGAUAUAAAAAUGAUCAACCACGAUUUCUGUAGAGAAAAUUACGCUAAACUGCAGUCUGUUCAUGGUGACGACAUUCCUAAUGUAACAUCGGAAAUGGUAUGCGCUGGAUUAUUAGCUGGUGGUAAGGGUGUUUGCUAUGGUGAUUCAGGAGGACCUCUUCUUCACCAAGGAGUUGUAAUUGGAAUCACCUCUUGGGGACAACCAUGUGCCCGCGCUGAGUUUCCUGGUGUCUUUGUUAACGUACCUUCUUAUACCAGUUGGAUUGUUGAUAAUGCAUAA